GCGCGGGAGGCGGGGAGAGGCGGCGAAGGGCGCUGGAGCAUCUCUCGGAAGGGGACGCCGCGGGCCAAAUGUCUGGGAGGGAGCCGAGCCGCUCCCCGGACCCACGCCGCGGGCGACCGUGAUGCUGCAGAACCCGCGGGAGCCACUGGUCGCCGCCGCUCUCCGCGCCGGCGGAGAACCCAGCGCCCGCCUUCUUCAGGGGAAGCAACCAUGGCCGUAGCUCGUGACUUGCCCCCCGGCCACGUCCCCUAGAAAGACAUCCUUGAAAAAGUUGCAUUUCAAAAACAAUCCUCACUCUGACCUCUGGGGCCGUGGGGGCCGAAGAAGCGUUUGUGCGAGCGCGGGCAAGAAAGCGAAAGGUGUGUGUGCAUGGGGGGCCACUUCGCUUAGCGCUGUGCUGAGGCUCUGGUCUUCGCCGACCCCCCCACCCCCGCCCCCCGGGACCCUGGGGCUGCGAUGAGCCCCUGCGGGCGGGCCCGGCGGCACACGUCCAGAGGGGCCAUGGCUGUCCUGGCGUGGAAGUUCCCGCGGACCCGGCUGCCGGUGGGAGCCAGUGCCCUCUGCGUCGUGGUCCUCUGUUGGCUCUACAUCUUCCCCGUCUACCGGCUGCCCAACGAGAAGGAGAUCGUGCAGGCGGUGCUGCAACAGGGCACGGCGUGGAAGAGGAACCAGACGGCGGCCAGGCUUUUCAGGAAACAGAUGGAAGACUGCUGUGACCCCGCCCAUCUCUUUGCUAUGACUAAAACGAAUUCCCCCAUGGGGACGAGCAUGUGGUAUGAUGGAGAGUUUUUAUACUCAUUCACCAUUGACAAUUCAACUUAUUCUCUCUUCCCCCAGGCAACCCCAUUCCAGCUGCCCUUGAAGAAAUGUGCGGUGGUGGGAAAUGGUGGGAUUCUGAAGAAGAGUGGCUGUGGCCGUCAAAUAGAUGAAGCAAAUUUUGUCAUGCGAUGCAAUCUUCCUCCCUUGUCAAGUGAAUACACUAAAGAUGUUGGAUCCAAAAGUCAUCUAGUGACAGCUAACCCCAGCAUAAUUCGGCAAAGGUUUCAGAACCUGCUGUGGUCCAGAAAGACAUUUGUGGACAACAUGAAAAUUUAUAACCACAGCUACAUCUAUAUGCCUGCUUUUUCUAUGAAGACAGGAACAGAGCCAUCCCUCCGGGUUUAUUAUACACUGUCAGAUGUCGGUGCCAAUCAAACAGUGCUCUUUGCUAAUCCCAACUUUCUGCGUAGCAUUGGAAAGUUCUGGAAAAGUAGAGGAAUUCAUGCCAAACGCCUGUCCACAGGACUCUUUCUGGUGAGCGCAGCCCUGGGCCUCUGUGAGGAAGUGGCCAUCUAUGGCUUCUGGCCUUUCUCUGUGAAUAUGCAUGAGCAGCCCAUCAGCCACCACUACUAUGAUAAUGUCUUGCCCUUUUCUGGCUUUCAUGCCAUGCCGGAGGAAUUUCUCCAACUCUGGUACCUUCAUAAAAUUGGCACACUGAGAAUGCAGCUGGACCCAUGUGAGGAUACCUCACUCCAGCCCACUUCCUAGGGACAGUGGAAAAAGGAAGAACUAAGCCAGGGUAUUUUUGCUAGGUUUUCUACAGGACUGCAAAAGGAAGUGGUGCAGUUAUUUCAUGGAUUUGCCUGGGCCACUUGCAAACAGCAACCGCAAUCCAAAGGAAACUCUAUUUUUAAUGUUGGCUUGGAGGACAAAUAGGAAGAUGUUUUAUGAAGUAUUCAAUAGCACAUUGUGGAUUUGCAACUAGUGACAUUCUGAUGAAAUGAUUGUUGGUCAAGCACAUUUACAUGGUUUAAAUCGAGAAGGUACAGUUCACAAAUAAGGCGGAACUCUAGCUGUUGAAGUUGAAGAGUUCAUCAAGGUUAAUAAAGGAAAUUCCAGGGCAAAGUAUUACUGAUUAUCAAUAUAAGCUGGCUUAAUUAAAAAAAAUUACUUAUAAAGACUGAAAUUCGAACCAUAGAUUUUUUAAAAAUUAUUAUUUAUUUUUGUCCUAUUUAGGGGAAGUGAAUAGGUAAUGGGGUAGAUUUUUUAAAAAUCCCUUACUGAGUAUUAAGGACAUAAAACAAUACAGCU